AUGAGAAUUACAAUUACAACCGAAAUUGGUGAGAUCCAUCUUUUGGAAGUUGAUUCACAAAUGGAAUUAGAAAACAUCAAGGCCUUAAUUGAAGCUGAGACAGGAACACUAAUAAAUAAUCAGAUUCUCUCUUAUCAUGGAGUAGAAUUAACAGAUCCUAAAAAAACUCUUGAACAAUAUAAAGUUAACCAAGACGAUAUGUUAUUGCUUAAAAAACGAAAUACCGGAACUCAGACAACUGCUAGCACUAUUCCACUAGAAGCAGAAUUAUUUCGUCAAAUGAUACUAAAUCAGCCUCAAAUGAUACAACAAUUGCGUGAAACUCAACCAGAAUUAGCCGACGCUGCUUUAAACGAUAGCGAACGUUUUGCGACGCUCUUUCAACAGAUGGAACAACGAAGACGUGAAGUUGAAGCACAACGAAGGAUCGAAGAGGCUAUAAGAAUGGAAAAUGUUAAAGUUAAUUUUGAGACAGCCUUAGAACAUAAUCCAGAAUUCCUUGGUCAAGUAACUAUGCUGUAUAUCGACGUUGAGGUAAAUGAACAUCCUGUUAAAGCUUUUGUUGAUUCUGGAGCUCAAGGAACUAUAAUGAGUCAUAAUUGUGCUGAAAAAUGCGGAAUCAUGAGACUCCUCGAUAGGCGAUUUUCAGGAGUUGCUAAAGGUGUUGGCACAGCAAAAAUUUUAGGGCGCGUUCAUACUUGCCCAAUACGUAUUGGAAAAAGCUUGUUUCUACCAUGUUCAUUCACAAUCAUGGAGGAACAUGAUGUAGACUUACUAUUUGGGUUAGAUAUGUUGAAAAGGCAUCAGGCAAUUAUUGACUUAAAACAAAAUGCUCUUAUUAUCAACGGAGAAGCGAUUUCAUUUUUACCGGAGCAUGAGUUACCAGAACGUGCACAGAUAAAUCCUCUUGGCAUUAACAGUUCUCAACCAUCAUCAGCAUCAUCACAGAGCCAAACGUAUCCUGAGGAACAUAUUAAAAAGAUAAUGUCUAUGAGUACAAUCACAAGAGAUAAGGCUAUCGAAUUAUUAAAUGCAGCAGAUGGAAAUUUAGAAAUAGCCCUUAAUUUACUAUUUGAAUAA